GGUCAUGUGCGCGGGCCCGGCCCUCCGAGCGCGGCUGGGCGGCCUCGCACAGCGCCGCGUCCCGGGCCUCCGGCGGACAAAAGGGCGCAGGGAAGCGAGACCUCCGGAAGGCGAGGGCAGGCGGCGUCGGUGGUGAACGUUUUCUGAUUUUUCCAGAAAUCAAGCAGAAGACUGAGCUGCUGAUGUCAGUUAACUCUGAGAAGUCGUCCUCUCCAGAAAGGAUGAGGAGCAGGAGGAUCCCGCAGAUUACUGUAAAGGAGGCUAUCAUCCAGUGAAAAUUGGUGACCUUUUCAAUGGCCGGUAUCAUGUCAUUAGAAAGUUAGGAUGGGGACACUUCUCUACAGUCUGGCUAUGCUGGGAUAUGCAGGGAAAAAGGUUUGUUGCAAUGAAAGUUGUAAAAAGUGCCCAGCAUUAUACGGAGACAGCCUUGGAUGAAAUAAAGUUACUCAAAUGUGUUCGUGAAAGUGACCCUAAUGAUCCCAACAAGGAUAUGGUUGUACAGCUCAUUGAUGACUUCAAAAUUUCUGGAAUGAAUGGAAUUCAUGUCUGCAUGGUCUUUGAAGUACUUGGACAUCAUCUUCUAAAAUGGAUAAUCAAGUCCAAUUAUCAAGGCCUUCCCAUCCGUUGUGUUAAAAGCAUAAUUCGACAGGUCCUUCAGGGUCUAGAUUACCUGCACAGCAAGUGCAAGAUCAUCCACACGGACAUAAAGCCCGAGAACAUCCUGAUGUGCGUGGACGACGCCUACGUGCGCAGGAUGGCGGCUGAGGCCACCGAGUGGCAGAAGGCUGGGGCUCCUCCCCCCUCUGGCUCUGCAGUGAGUACAGCUCCACAACAAAAGCCUGUUGGAAAAAUAUCCAAAAACAAAAAGAAAAAACUGAAGAAAAAGCAGAAGAGGCAAGCUGAGCUGCUGGAAAAACGCCUGCAGGAAAUAGAAGAACUGGAGCGGGAAGCUGAAAGGAAAAAAAUAGAAGAAAAUGUAACCUCAGCUGUACCAUCAAAUGAACAAGAGGAUGAGUACCACCCAGAGGUGAAACUAAAAACAGCUGAUAUAGAAGAGGUAGUAGAUGAAGAACCUGGAAAUGAUGAUGGUGAAGCAGAAGAUCAGGAUGAAAAAGAAGACACAGAGAAGGAAAACACUGAAAAGGAUGAUGAUGUUGAGCAGGAGCUUGUCAACACUGACUCUACAGACCCUAAGUGGAUAGAAUCCCCCAAAACAAACGGCCAUAUUGUGAACGGCCCAUUCCUAUUGGAACAACAGAUUGAAGAUGAGGAAGAAGAAGAGGAAGAAUGUCCAAAUCCAGAGGAGUAUAAUCUUGAUGAUCCAAAUGCAAAAAGUGAUUACUCUUAUAGCAGCUCCUACGAACAGUUUAAUGGUGAAUUGCCAAAUGGACGUCAUAAAAUUCCAGAGUCCCAAUUCUCGGAAUUUUCAGCGUCGGUGUUCUCUGGGGCUCUGGAGUCUGUAGCCUGUGGUUCUGCUGUGUCUGAAGGAUCCACUGUAACUGAAAGGGAGGAGAGCAGCCCAUCUCAUGACAGGAGCAGGACGGUUUCAGCUUCCAGCACUGGGGAUUUGCCAAAAACAAAAACUCGUGCUGCUGACUUACUGGUGAAUCCCCUGGACCCAAGGAAUGCAGAUAAAAUUAGAGUUAAAAUUGCUGACCUGGGGAAUGCCUGCUGGGUGCACAAACACUUCACAGAAGACAUCCAGACAAGACAGUACAGAUCCAUAGAGGUUUUAAUAGGAGCAGGUUACAGUACACCUGCUGAUAUCUGGAGUACAGCAUGUAUGGCGUUUGAGCUGGCGACUGGAGAUUACUUGUUUGAGCCACACUCUGGUGAAGACUAUUCCAGGGAUGAAGACCACAUAGCACACAUCAUAGAGCUGCUAGGCAAUAUCCCAAGGCACUUUGCUCUAUCUGGAAAAUAUUCUCGGGAAUUCUUCAAUCGCAGAGACCACAUAGCAUUGAUCAUUGAACUGCUGGGAAAAAUCCCUCGAAAAUACGCUAUGUUGGGGAAAUAUUCCAAGGAGUUUUUCACCAAAAAAGGAGAACUCCGACACAUUACCAAGUUGAAACCUUGGAGUCUUUUUGAUGUGCUUGUGGAGAAGUAUGGUUGGCCUCAUGAAGAUGCUGCACAGUUUACAGAUUUCCUGAUCCCCAUGCUAGAAAUGGUCCCAGAGAAACGUGCUUCAGCUGGAGAAUGCCUUAGGCAUCCGUGGCUGAAUUCUUAGCAGAAUCUUCCAGCUGUUAAAAAAAAAAAAAAAAAAAAAAAAAAAGCCAGCAACCACUUUCCAAUGCGUUGGACCUAAAUGGUGACUGUCACAAAAUCUUUAGCAGGAUCACACGUGAGCUGGCUUCAAUCCUCAGACCUUUAUUUUGCUUGAGGUACUGUUUGACAUUUUGCUUUUUGUGCACUGUGUUCUUGGGGAAGGGUAGUCUUUUUGUCCUCAGCUAGUAGUUUACUCACCCACUUUCUUCAGAAAACACUUAACGUGUCUUUAAGAUUGUUUCUUGUGUUGUGUGACAUUCAGAUGUCAGAUUUUUGAACAAAAGAAACUUCCCCCCAUGUGUUUUGGCAAGUUUUGUAACUAUUUAUGAAAAAAAAAAUAUUUUAGCUGAUGCAUAUUAUAUAAUUUACGAGUGUAAGAAAUUUAUCAAGUCAGAACUGAGUUACGGCAAGGAAUUGUACAAUUUUAUCUUCUGGCAAAGGGAUGUCAUUCUUGUAUUAUAGUGUAUGUAAAUGCACCCUGUAAAUGUUUAUUUCCAUUUAAAUAUGGGACUGGGGACUCAAUUUCAGAGUAAAGCGACUAAGUUUUAGAGAGCUUUAUAGCAAACCAAUUGCAUGUAGUGGACUUUAAACUGCUUUAAGGAAUUGUGUAAACUUUCUAUUCUGUAGCAGUUCCUGUUCAUUGGGUUUUAAACAAAGUGGCUCUGGUUUACAGGAUUUCAUUCCCCAAACGGCACUUUAAAGGAAGGCUAGACUUCUUUCUAAUAAAGUAUGCAUUAUCAUUUAGCACUCCCUUUUAGAACUUUUGCCUAUUUUAAGUGCUUUUAAGAAAAGAAAAAUAGCAAUUUCCCUUACAAUGUGAUAGUGAAGACAUGGUACCAUAUGGUGUUGCCUUUUUAUAAGCACUGUAAGUUGUACUAUACCUUAAGAAAAAGAAAAAAAAUUAAAAUUAGAGCAUGAGAACCACUCUCUGUGUAGAAUUACUGAUCUUUUAUAAUAAAAGUGUGUGCUUGGCAUCAGUUAAGGAAGGAUAUAGCUGCAGAUAUGUACAGUGCAGUGGGUAAAAUAAUCCAAGAAGCAAGAUCAUGCUCAUUCCAUUCAUAGCUUUACAUGUUUCUAAAACAAAUUGCACUAGCUUUAUUCUUUCCCAUCCAUAGACAUACGACUGCCCAUCGUAAGUUGCACGCAACAAUUAUGUGUUUCCUAGGAAAAAAGCUGCAUAGGCUGAAGCUUAUAGGCAAUACAGAUUUUAGAAUGUACAGUACGGAGGUGUGUUUGGGCCUCUUUUAGAAGUCAGUGGGAUGAAUGUAAGCUUACUCCUGAUCUUCAUGUAACUACAGUGCCACUUUUUUCUUGACUUUGUCCAUAUAAAAUUUAUUCACAUGCCUUUGCAAUAACUAGAUUGUGAGAAGAUAGCCCCAUGCUGUAACAAUAACCAGUUGUUUGAGGUGCUUGCAGUUGUCUAAUUAAAGUGUUUUGUUUUUUCAGA